UAAUUCUUUUGGGGGUAAUGAUUAUGCCUCAAACAUUACACAGGCCAAAGCACGCUUUGCGAUUGUCCUGCUCCCCUGUUUUCUGCUCUGUGAGGUUGUCCACUGUUGUGUUGGAGGAUCAUUCAGCAGAAUGGCAAGCCAAACCAAAAAUGACCCAGACUCAAUCUACGAUUUCAUCGUCAAGGAUGCCAAGGGAAAUGAUGUAGAUUUUAGCAUGUACAAGGGGAAAGUUCUGCUGAUUGUUAAUGUUGCAUCCAAAUGUGGAAUGACCAACUCAAACUACACGGAGCUGAACCAAUUGUAUGAGAAAUACAAAGAUCAAGGGUUAGAGAUAUUGGCAUUCCCUUGCAAUCAGUUUGGUGAGGAGGAACCAGGAAAUAAUGAUCAGAUCUUAGAAUUUGUUUGCACACGCUUCAAGUCAGAAUUUCCCGUCUUUGACAAGAUUGAAGUAAAUGGUGGCAACACUGCUCCAUUAUACAAGUUCUUGAAAUCAGGCAAGUGGGGAAUUUUCGGAGACGAUGUUCAGUGGAACUUUGCCAAGUUCCUAGUUGAUAAAGAAGGGCUCGUUGCAGACCGUUAUUACCCCACAACUUCCCCUUUUAGCAUCGAGGUAAAGCUGCCUUCUGCAAUUUUGUUUCAUUCUGAAAGUGCAUUUAGGCUACAUCCUCUCUUGCUAUUUCUUAACAACGACUCAUCCAAUUUCAUAAUUAAUCAUAUAACAUAUGUUAUUUCCCUGGCAUUGUCAUAUUAUUCCAGCACGACAUAAGGAAGCUUUUGGGGAUCUUGUAAGCGCUGUAAAAUAGAGGCUUAAUGAGAUCACAGUACGUAUUAAUCACUCGAAUCGGUUGCUUUGUGCUUGUGCUUGUGUGUUUCAGACAUGGCAUGUACUAAAGGAGAUUACAUCUUUGAAUCAUAUUUCUUUGUUUUAACUUCUAUACUCGUGUAUAUGUGCAUGUCUUAUUUAUCAGUUUCCCUUAUAAUGCUAAAAAUUAUUUGCCUGGUGGAAUUUAUAUUCAAUAUAAAA